AUGGCUUUGCCCUCAAGUUCAGAUUGGGCAUCACUCUGUAUAAAUCUUCUCGGUUCGAUCUUAGAUUACUUAGUGCCCAUGGAGGACUACUUCACAUUCGGUGAGGUUUGCAUUCAAUGGCAGUAUGCAGUUCGCGAAAAACUUCAACAUUUACGCUCUAACCAUAAACGCCAUUGUCGUCUGCACCAACAAGUCCCAUUGUUAAUGGCUCCCACCGCAGAUAAUUCCAGAGAAAGGUGCUGUUUAUAUGACGUCAUGAACGGAAAAAGCCUUUGGGAGGUUCAGUUGAGGCAGGGGCGAUGGAGGUGUGGAGGGUCUUCUCAUGGCUGGUUGAUUCUGGUAAAUAAUGAUUCUUAUAAGGUAACCCUCCACAACCCAUUCUCUGGAAAACUCAUUCAUCUUCCUCCCCUCGAAAAAUCAUCAUUCCGUGAACUUUCAGGCAGUGUGUACAGAACUAUCUUCCCUUAUAACCCGAGGAGGGGUGUAUUGUCUAUUGAUCCUGAUGUGAAUGGGGACGAGUUUGUACUCAUAUGA